UCAGCCUCCGCGUCGUCGCGACGCUCCUUUCUCUCUCUCUCGUUUCCCUCGGCUCUUUCGGUGGCGUCCGCAGCAUCGCGACGCUACGACGCGCUCCGCCGACUAUAUACCCCAUCCCGGGAGAGACGCCGCCGUUAAUUUUUCUACAAUAUACACCAGCGACACGGACCUGACCAUCGAUAACAAUAACAUAGACAACAUAAUAAAACAAGUAUUUUUUUUCACACAUUACUACUUCGAAAGUGUUUUCGUUCAAUCUGCAUAAAAGAAAAAGAGAAAGCUGUCUUAGGAUGUAAUAUUCACGGAAGAUUGAAGAAACUGUGCAUCUUUUGCAAGUUCGCUUCUUCAUUACUUUUCAUUGCAUAUUUUAUAUCGAAGGGAGCACAGCUUGCAAUUUAUUACUCCCGCAUGAAAAACUCUCUGUCGCGAACAAAGAGAGAAAAAAAAGGAGUAAAAUUGAGUGACGAUAGUAUACAUGCAUUUCCUACAGCAAAGUUAUUAAAAAGGAACGGCAAAGGCGUCUUCUUGUGUCAACGGGUGAAAAGGGAAGCCAAAUCGUGAAGUUUUUGCCAAGACGUGAUCCAUCUUGAUGUUUCGAUCAAGUGAUCUAUCGGGUAUCACCGCGGAGCAUACCAGCCACUCAAGAUUUCUCGCCUUCGAAAGUCACGCACGAGCGUUUUUCCUCUGCUUUCCGAAGCGUCGCGUACUUACUCAAGCCUUAUCGACACUCGUGGAUUUACUACUGCCGAAGCUUGUCUUCUCACCCGCGUGCCCGUAGACGCUGUGGAUGUAAACUGAGAUGCAUCGCGUAUCAAGAGCCUAUCACACGUCGAAGUCGCACAUCGUUUUGCAAAUGCGUACAGACAACUCGUGAGUUGCGAGCGGACUUUCGAGUGCGUCGUUAGACGCGCUCAAACGUUCGCAAUCGUGCAGAUUCUCCACGAUUUUGAUGAUGAAGAAACAGUGCUUAAAAAAACUGGUCGGCCAUCAUCAAGGCGGAUCCUCGAAAAUUCGCGAUCGACAGGGAUGAAAGAUUAUUUUCAGAAACGUACGAAAUACGUGUGCCUCGAGCGGGACACUGGGGUCUCGUCUGGGGUUUCAGCACCGUAAUCGCGUGGGGAAGUAAGCGAGCAAUCGAUGAUGAUGGAACACAGACAGACGAUACUGCUGGCACCCUCACUGAGCAACAGCAGUUGUUGGCGAGGCGGCACGUCCGAUGCCGCUUGGACAGGUCCAGGCCCUGGAGAGCUGAUACGAGCUACCCUUAUACUGCUACUCAGCCUUGGUAUCCUGUGCGCCAAUCUGCUAGUGAUAUGUGUUAUCAAUAGCAGACAGUACAGCAAAUAUAUACACGCUCAGCCCAGAUAUUUGCUGACGAGCUUAGCGAGCAACGAUCUAGCGAUUGGCCUUUUAGUGACGCCUUUCGGUUUCUUACCAGCUGUUUACGGAUGCUGGCCAUAUGGCGAAGUUGUCUGUCAAAUUCAGGCACUUCUUAGGGGCGCUUUGACUCAACAGAGCGCUGUUAUCCUCGUCUGCAUGGCAAUCGACCGUUAUGUUUGCAUGCUGCACCCUCAUCGCUAUCACAAGCACUCUUCUAAAAGGUAUUACAUGCGGCAGGGCUGCGUGGCAGUGAUGUCGACCACUUGGAUAGCGAGCGUGGCAAUUUUCGGGGUUCUAGUACUCCCCAGAGGCGGUUACUACUUCAACGGGUCUGGCCUCCUUGCCUGCGACCCCUUCUUCGCUAGAGCGUCCCUUAGGAUCCUGGCGUGUUGCUCUUUUUAUUUCCCGACGACGAUGGUGCUGAUGUACUGCUACGGCUCGGCCUUCCACGUUAACAAACUACGUUUGAAAAGAGUGGUCUGUGUUAACACGCCGGAGGUCGUUAAUGGCGGCCAUAUAGAAAGGCUUGUCGCUCACGAGAGACGAUUGUCGACCUCGGCCUCGCGGACAAUGGCUGCAAUGAGUUUAGGUUUCAUCGUCAUGGUCACGCCAUGGACGAUUCAGGAAGUUGUUGCAGCCUGCACCGGAAGCAAGCCACCACCGUUUCUUGACUUCCUAGCUACGUGGCUGGCUCUCUCCAACAGCUUCUGGAAUCCUUUCCUUUAUUGGCUGCUCAACAAUCAUUUCCGCCGAAUUUCGAGAGAGCUUCUUUACACUAAGAUUCUGUGCAGGUCUAAGCCGUUAGGAACGAAACAACACUGCUGCGCCACUAGCACCGGUGGCUUAGAUGUUUGCAGCAUCGCAGGCAUCGACCUAUCAGGUUUGGAGCGUUGCUCAAUGGAACGAUGCUCAAUGGCGCGUUGUUCCUCGUUAUCAUUAGCGAAUACGCCACCACCGCUCCCUUGGGAAACCGGACAUGUAACACAUGGUGACGUAGCAUCCACGUGAGUUAAAGAUGCCGCCACGCAGACGGAGGAUUUCGGAUCUCCGGACGACGCCAGUUAGUACAGCGUGGCGGCAAGCCGGCAUCCGAUGCUCCAAAACUAUCGGGCACAAUAUCCGUCGUCUAUGCACCGAUAUCUGCGAGACCACGUCGCAUCCUCGCUGGCACGAGGGCGAGUUUCGCGCACCGAGGAGGAGGACAAUCGCGACGACGUAACGACAGACGGAAGAACAAGCUAUUAUCAUCGAUACGAUCGACAGAAUCGCUUUGAAUUCGCGCACUUUAAAAGCCUGCCAGAUCUCGUCCGAGAUAUGGAACCGUGAUAAAACGCUGAUUAACGAGCACGUCGUCAAAUUAAAAUGUUCAUCACUGUACAUCACUGUCGUCGCCGUCAUUACUUCGAUUCGCGUAAGAAAAGUUUGAACUCACCAUGGGUGCGACAGCAGGCAAACGCGAAUUCCAUUGCUCCGAGGCGAGCGUACACGAAGCGUGUGUCGACACACCGCGAUUAGCUCUCGUCGCGACGAGAUCGAUUACGGAAAUUAAUUACGGCACCAACGAGGAUACUAAUCGCGCCGCUCUCGACGAUAUACAUGUAGAUAUUUAAUCACGGCGAAGCACUCUGCGAGUGUUAACGUCAUUCGCGCCCGCAUCCAACCCAGUUUUCCACGAUUAAUUAUUCAAGCGUGAGUGUUCGCGCUAUAAUCUUGAGCAUGUCACUUUGUGUAGUUUCCUUUACAGUUUUUUCCGAAUAUAUAAAUGCAUAUUGAAUCCGGAUAUUAAAAGCAGAGAAUCCAAACUGAAGUAUUCCUUUUCACUCAGAAAUUAACUUUCAAAGUCAAGUCGUCAUUAAAGAAAUUUUACUUAAACGUUUUAAAAUAAUUUGUCAAGAUUACUCCAAGAUGUGCGAUACACUUAGGACAUAACACUACGUGUCGAAUAAAUAUGUACUUUGUGAGAAAGAAGGAUAUACGUUUAAAUUGCAAUUGUUUGCUCAAACUCAAGAGCUCAUUGAUACGAAGAUCAAUGUGUAACGUCUUAAAUAUAUAUAUUCACGUCAUUGUUACAUUUCAUAAAGAAAGCCUAGGAAUGCACAAUAAAUAUAGAUAUCCGAACUCACUCUUUUAAUAUCGCAGAGUUUUAUACAAUAUAAAUAAUAACAGAUAAAAGAUAUAAAAGCGACGUUCUUCUUGUUAAGAAAUGCAUUUUAUUCAAUAAUUUCUCAUUUCUUUCUGAAAUCUCGAAUCGUUAUUAGAAAUAAGUUAUUUGUGAUAUUUUUUAAGAAACUUUUGUUUCAACGAUGGCAUAGUAAGGGAAAUUAAUUAAUCGCAUUAUUUUUAUUUAGCAUUAUGCAGAUAGAAUAAUGUAAAAACGGCCUUGUAAAGUUAACUACGACAAAUCUGAAUUAAUAAUAUGUACUGAUUUUUUGUAUCCAUAUUACAUUUAUUGUAAAAUACGUGUAAACUUUUUAUUUGGAUUAUUGUGAAAAAAAUAAUUAUACAGAAAUGAGAAAUUUUUAAAUACAGAAGCGACUAGAAGACUUACAUAAAGCCACACUAUAUUAUCGAAGAAUUCACUGGAAUAAUCAAGAAACUGAAGUGGCAUUUCUGCUUUGAAACAAGAAACAUGGAAUCGAUGCAUAUACAUUAAUUUGGCGCGUUACGUGUUGGUGGAAUAUAAUUUUUUUGUACGUAAAAAGAAAUUUUUUUUCUAUUUAGCGAAAGAAGGUAUCAAGAUGAUUGAGAGUGGAAACGCUAAUGAGACCGAUAACGCCGUUUCAUAUGCACUGUUCUUAUAAAGAGAAUCCGAUUUCUCGCAAGACUUUAAUGUGUGAAAAUAUUAUACUUUGAAUUUAUAAUUAGAAAAUAUUGCGCACCGCUCUGAUGUAAAAAGAUUUAUAUAUGAAGUAACACUUUAUAUAUACAACUUAUCCAAUUGCUAAAAUUCAUUGUUUUAAAGAUGUAGAUUAGAUUUUAUCUCUUUUUAUAUUUGUAAUAUUUUAAUUUCUCUCUCUUAGAUCUCUGACCAAAAAUCUUCCUUAAAUUUUCUUUCAUUU